CCGCCAGCAGGAUGGAACAAUUCGAGCAGCUGCUCACCUGCGCCAUCUGCCUGGACCGCUACCGCAACCCCAAGCUGCUCCCCUGCCAGCACAGCUUCUGCAUGGAGCCCUGCCUGGAGGGCCUGGUGGACUACGUGCGGCGCCAGGUCAAGUGCCCCGAGUGCCGCGCGGAGCACCGCAUCCCCUACCAGGGCAUCCAGGGCUUCCCCACCAACGUGACGCUGCAGCGCUUCCUCGAGCUGCACAUCGAGAUCACCGGGGAGCUUCCGGACCCCACCAGCGGCCAAGUGAUGGAGCGCUGCAACGUCUGCUCGGAGAAGGCCUACUGCAGCUUCUGCCACCACUGCGACAAGAAGGUGUGCGAGGAGUGCAAGGGCGCCCACAUGGAGAUCCUGCGCAGGGAGAUCGCGCGCAUCAACAACCAGGUGCGCAGAGGCAUCCACCGGCUGCAGGACAGCCUCCACCUGGUGGAGAAGAACACGCAGCACAUCCAGACCAACUGUCUGUCGGUCAGCGAGGAGAUCGAGGAGAUCUACCGGCGCCUCAACAAGGCGCUGAAGGACCGCACGGAGCACCUGCGCGGCGAGAUCGAGCGCUACCUCAGCACGGAGCUGCGCAGCCUCACCGGCCUCAAGGAGAACCUGGGCCAGGAGAUCGCCAACAUCCUCAGCAACUGCGACCUGGCCGACAAGCACAUGAGCGAGAGCGCGGACAUCUGGGACGACUGCGAGCUGAUGGACACCAAGGAGAUCUUCCUGAAGACCAUCGAGUUCAUCCGCAACUUCGAGUACGAGAACGCCGACUACUCGCGCAGGCUGCGCCUGGUGCUGGCGCACGACCCCAACCAGCUGGUGCUGCACGUGGCGGGCUACGGCGACCUCAGCGUGGCCAACCCCAACAGCCCCUUCGCGCAGGGCGGCGCGGGGCUGCUGCAGCCCCCGGGGCCCGGCCUCAUGCGCUCCAAGAGCGACCACCGCCUGGCCUUCCGGCAGCCCGAGCACGAGCGCUACGGCGAGGCGGAGGCGGAGCCCCCACUGAGCGGGCGCAAGUUCGGCGAGCGGCCGGCGAAGGCGCACAGCUACGGGAGAGGCGCGGGAGAGUAUGGGGGAGAGGAGCACGAGCACGAGGGCCCGCGCGCCGCCCGCUCCAAGUACAGCAGCCGGUUCAGGAGGCGCAACACGGAGGAGGAGUCGGACGCGGAGGGCCGCGGGGUGCGGUUCCACGAGCAGAAGAGGGAGGAGCGGGAGCGGCCGCUGGACACGGAGGACGUGACCCGGGGGCCGCUGAGCGGGAUCACGCGGCUGGCGGACUCGCCCAGGGUGAUGAAGAAGCUGCAAGAGAACCCGACGGGCAAGAAGGAGAAAAAGGAGAAAAAGGCGGCGCCCGAGCCGGCGGCGGCCAAGCGGGCGCCGCCGCCCGCGGCGCGCCAAGCGAGCGAGGAGGACGAGAUCGCAAAGAUUAAGCGCCAGAACAAGGGGGCGACCACCUCCGCGGACGUGGAGGCGCCGCCCGCCGAAGACCGACAGCGGAAGACGCCCGCCCCCGAGGCCCCGUCCAGCGAGGACUCGGAGGCGGCCGCCCAGCCGCCCAAAAAGCCAGUGGCGCCUACGGCCCCUCGUAGGCCCUCCGACGGAGGCCACAAGAAAACCGCCCGAUCGGCCAGCAGCGACUCCAGCUCCUCGGCGGAAAGCAGCUCCUCAUCGGCGGUGCGCAGCACCGGAGCUCCAUUCACCACCGAGGAGGUGAAGAGGAAAUUCCUGGCUAGGAGCGAGGCGCCGCCGGCGCCGGAGGCGCCCCCCAAACAGUUCCAGAGCCGAUUCCUCAGCAAACCCGCGCCCACCAAGGAGGACGAGUCGGAGACCAGCUCCGAGGAGGAGACCGAGUCGGAGGAGGAGUCCGACGAGCCCUCAAGUAAGAAAAGCGAGGAGAAAAUGGCGCGCAGCGAUAUCGGGGCGCUGCUGGCGCGCAGCGCCCACGCUAGGGACCCAGGCAAGGCCGAGGAGGCUCCGGUAAGCAGAUCGAAGUACGCCGGAGGAGACACGGCGGGNGCUGCAGAGGAGGAGGACCCUCCGCCCAGAUACCCCACGGAGGAGGACCCCAAAUACCCGACGGGGCGCUCCAGGUACAUGGCGCUGAAGGAGCGCAGGCAGCGGCUGGCGAGGAGCCGCAGCAGCCAGCAGUUCGGGGACGAGGAGGAGCCGGAGGAGUCGGCUCCGAUUUCGCCCACCACCUCCAACCCCAGCGCCUAUCUGGCGUCGCGCGGCUACACCACCGCCGCCUCCCAAUCGGCGCACGACUUGGCGCGCAGCCGCUCCACGCACGCCCUCAAGGAGACCUCGCCAGAUCGGGCGGCGGAGAAGGACGGCGCCGCCCUCAGCUCCUGGGCCCGCUACCUGAAGAACAAGUACGGCGGCAGGGGCGGGGCCAAAGACAAGGAGGGGGGCGCAGCCGCGCCCUCCGCCAGCGGCUCCACGUCGGCGGCGGCGCGCCGCCUCUCGCUCGGGCUGCCCCUGCGCUCCUCCACCGAACUGGCCAGCUCUGAUGACGACCAAAAAAACAUGCAAGGCUCCCCCACUACCCAUACAGUAGCUACGGCAGCGGCGGCCG